UGUGCCCAACUUGUUAGGUUGGUCAACUGCAAGAUUCAGAUACGCAGUUCCUUUUCAACGUAUCCGAUUUAGGUCAUGGCCUCGAUCCGAUAGAAAGUCCAACAGUGGUCGGCGUCACCUACGGUGAACACGAUGCUGCCAACCCUUGUAUCUUCGCGGAAGCCCCUUCGAGCGUUUGUCAUCUCAAGCAAGGAGGUGCGGGUAUAUAUAUGUAUAUCUAUAUAUAUAUCUAUCUAUAUCUAGCUGCGGAAUGAGUCCUCAGAGCAUGCGCCAGAAUCCUCCUUCACAGCCCAAAGGCAGGUUUCUGACGGUCUAAUGUCCAUAAAUCAGAAAAUUUGCAAUUGUAACUUCUCCGCUGCAGCUGUUUUCUUUUGUAUAGCAUUAUUUAUUGGAAGCACAUUGAUUACAGUCGAUGUGAAGGAGAAAAUAACGGCAUGGUUGCCAACUGAUUCAUCGCAGAAGUUUCAAUUUGAUUUGAACAAUAACACAGCAAACUCGAAGCCCAAUGAAUCUGACCCAUGCUCGAAUCAAUGCAGACCUUCAGGAAUUGAAGCAUUGCCUAAAGGAAUGGUUUCCCAAACAUCAGACUUGGAAAGGCAGCCAUUAUGGGGUUCUAUAGAGAAAAAGGGAAAUUCAAGUUCGUUCAAGAACUUAUUAGCAAUUGCAGUUGGACUAAAGCAGAAACAAGUUGUCAAUGAAAUUGUCAAGAAGUUCCUUUUCAGUAAUUUUACCAUAAUUCUUUUCCACUAUGAUGGGGUGGUUGAUGAAUGGAGCGACUUAGAAUGGAGUGACACUGUCUUGCAUAUCUCUGCAAUCAAUCAAACAAAAUGGUGGUUUGCGAAACGUUUCUUACAUCCAGAUAUAGUCGCCUUGUACAGUUAUAUCUUUCUCUGGGAUGAGGAUAUUGGAGUUGAAAAUUUUCAUCCUGGAAGAUACCUGGAGAUUGUUGAAAGGGAAGGAUUAGAUGUAUCACAACCUGGACUUGAUACUGAGAAGUCAAAAGUUCACUACCGAUUUACAGAACGUCAAAGAGAAGAUAGUCUUUUUCAUGGAGGUACACUGUGUGACCAAGUCCCAAUUCUAUUGGUAUUGGUAAUCUUUUGUAUAAAAUUAAUUUGUUCUUUCAACAGAAGGAUUUAUGAUUUGGCACAAGGCUUGAGAUGUAAUGAGAACAGUACUGGUUUUCCAUGCGCUGGGUUUGUGGAAAUGAUGGCUCCUGUUUUCACAUGGUCUGCAUGGAGAUGUGCAUGGCAUAUGAUUCAAAACGACUUGAUUCAUGCGUGGGGUUUAGAUAUGAAACUUGGUUACUGUUCUCAGGGAGAUCGGACCAAAAAGGUUGGCGUGGUAGAUAGUGAAUACAUCACACACAUGGGGAUUCCGACUCUUGGUGGAUCCAAUGUAAGAAAGGACUCAAAUGGAUCAUCUACCACAAAUCUCAGAGCUGCAGUGGUAGACCGGUGCUAUGCUGAACUGGACAUGUUCAAUAAGAGAUGGCAAGAUGCUGCACAAAAAGAUAAAUGCUGGACUGACCGAUACCCUCAAGCCUGAAAGACCAUGUCGCUCCACCGUCCUUUCAACAACACCACCAUCAGAAUCCCAAGUGCAGUGGGAAGUCUUUGAAUAAGGAAGCAGAGGAUAUCACUCACCUACCAUCCACCACUAAUUGUACAUGAAGACUUGCUAGCGCUACCGAGAUCACUUUUUGAGGCUAUUUUAGGUGAAUCUCGCAUUUGUAAGUCAAGACGAUUGGCUCUUUCGCAAAGAUCAUUAUUUUAGGCAAUCCUAUUUAAUUUUGCAUGCGUGCAAUGAGUUUUUCCUUUUUUUUUUUUUUUUCCGGACUAUAAUUUCCCAGAAAAUUUUCUGUAGGAAUGCUCUAUGUUCCUCCAUAUGCUUUCGGCUUUGAUACCAAUGGAAGCCGUGGUUUUCAUGUGCUGAUUAAGAGACAACAGAAAGGAUCCUUAGCAAUUCUACGUUGUUUACUAGUGCUUUAGUUGGCAACGUAGGCCUCGCUUAGACAACCAAUGGGGAAGGCCAUCUUCUUCGGUCGGUGGCUUUGCCGAUAUGACUUUUUUCUUUUAUUUGCGUUGAAAUCCAAUAGGUUUUGUCAUGUAUGGUCGAAUAAUCCAAUG